AUGGAGAGUAAAACCAGCGAGGACGAGAGUGGAGGAAGGGGCUGGCUGAGAGCAAGGGGCAUCAGCUGUGGCGAGAGCAGCUGGGUGCUCCAUGGGGUCUGCCUGGUCACUGGUGCCUGGCGCCGGGAGGGGAUGGAGACCAGCUCAUGGUGCCGCAAUGGGCCGGGCUGGCUCCUCGUGUCCCGCAGGGUGAAGGUCACCUUCCUGACAGGCUGCACCGUCUCCCCGUUGGUGCUGGCAGCGGGGGAUGGUUGUGGUCAUCUCAUCAGUCUUUGUGGAGCCUGGGGUGGCGGAUUUGCUGGCCUUGACCAGGGCCAGUGUGGUGACGCGGCCAGCACCCAGACGCUGCUGUGGCGGGCGGCGGCGGCGGGACCGGGCGGCGGCGAGGAAGCGAUCCAGUGCCCGCCGUGCUCGGAGGAGCGGCUGGCUCGUUGCAAAGCACCGCAGGGUUGCGCCGAGCUGGUGCGGGAACCGGGCUGCGGUUGCUGCGCGACCUGCGCCCUCGGCCGCGGUACCCCCUGCGGCGUUUACACCGCCCGCUGCGGCGCCGGGCUCCGGUGUUACCCGCCCCGCGGCGUACCGAGGCCCCUGCACACCCUCAUGCACGGCCAGGGGGUCUGCACGGACCUGGCCGACGUCGAGGCCAUCCAGGAAAGCCUCCAGCCCCCAGAGAAGGAGGAGGUCGACCACCCCAACAACAGCUUCAGCCCCUGCAGCAUCCACGACCGCAAGUGCCUGCAGAAGCAGCAGGCGAAGCGGGUCAACAACGGCAACAAGAUGCGCAACAGUGGGAGCCCGUACCACCGCGAGGAGACGCGGCCCAUAGCACAGGGCUCGUGCCAGAGCGAGCUGCACCGGGCGCUGGAAAGGCUGGCCGCCUCGCAGACCCGCACGCACGAGGACCUGUACGUCAUCCCCAUCCCCAACUGCGACCGCAAUGGCAACUUCCACCCCAAGCAGUGUCACCCGGCGCUGGAUGGGCAGCGGGGCAAGUGCUGGUGCGUGGACCGCAAGACGGGGGUGAAGCUGCCGGGUUUCCUGGAGCUGAAGGGGGACUUGGACUGUCACCAGCUGGCGGAUAGCAUGUGA